AUGCAUGUGCAUGCAGAAGUUUGUGGAGUGCCGGAGAAAAUUUGUAGAGUUUGUGGAUUGCAAUCACAGGAGGAUUUAACAAGUCCAUUGGGGACAAGUGUCAGCGAGAUUGUAUGCAAAUGCUUAGAAGGAACGUAUGAUCUCUCUACACCGCUGUCAUACAAAGAAAAAUUUGGAGUUCAAACUUGUGCCAGUCAAGCAAGCAAAGAAGCUGGAGUGCAGUAUCAAGAGAAAACUGGACUACAAUCUCAAGACAUAGGCAGAAGUGAGAUUGGUUCCAAAUCUAUAGAUGCAAUAUGUGAUGAUGAUGAUGAUGUAGCUGGAAUGAUCUUGGAUAUUGCAAAUGAAUCUUGUCAACAAGCAUCUAAAGAUCAUGGUGAACAACUGCAAGAUAAAGAAAAUGUGGAAUUGCAAGAAAAAGAAAAUGUUGCACGCAAUAUUUUAGCUGAGUUGUCUCUUGAAAAAACACAAGAAGUGUCGCCAGCAGAGGAAAACAAAGAGGACACCAAUGAUGACAAUCUUAACCAAUAUACAAGGAAAAGAAAGAGAGACAGUAUUGGUUAUGAUGGUCCGUCAUUUUCUCUUCUUACUCCUACUCCUCCAAGUAUACAAAUGGACAUUGAUGCGACUUUGACUAUGGAGGGUGAAGGAAAUGUUGAAGAAGAACUUGGUCGAGGUAAAAGGAACAAGAAGUUAAGCUGGCAGUUGAAAUCUCCUUUUGAUAAGGAAGGAAAAGCAGUAAGUUCCAAGGCAGACAAUCAAAAUACUCUGAAGAGUUCAGGUUGGAUAAAACCAACCUAUACUCGUAGGUGUAUUUUUCAUUAUGCCAAAGAAGAUGAAAAAUUAGUGAAGAAAAUCAUUGUGUGGUUGGGCAAGGAGAAAAGGAGAGGUCGCAAAAAAGA